AAGGACGAGCGUCGCAUGUUGCUUUUGGCUGCCGGGUAGUAUAAAUACCAGAGACGCGCGGCUGUCGGCCAUCAGUUCACCAGCCGAUUUCCCUUUGGACACGCGACGCUGCUCCAUUCGUUUUCGUCCUUUGUCCUUGCAACUCUCGCAGCGAAAUAAUUCUGUUUUUUUUUUUUUUGUUGUUUUGUUUUGUGCACGUGUGCAAUAUGUUCACCAAUUGGCUGACGGGCAGCAGCAGCAGCACGGCGGCCACCCGUUCCGCAUCCUCAUCCGCAUCCGCAUCCUCAUCCGGAAUGGGAGGAGCCGCUCUGGUGAUGAGUUCGCCACCUGAUGUCAUCCUCGAGGUCGGACCGGCGCCCAGCAGUGUGCGCUUCGUGGCCCACAGCUUGGUGCUGGGCAUGCACAGUGGUUACCUGAGAUCCGCCAUCCGCUUGGAUGAGGCAUCAUCAUCAGCUGGGACAGCAGCCUCCAAUAAUCCAAGCAACUCAGCCACCACCACGUCAACGGGCGAGUUACUACUGUAUAUCAGUAAUGUCACCGCCGAUCAGUUUGCCCCGCUGCUCACUUACAUGUACACGGGAUAUCUGGACCUGACCGUCGACAAUAUCUUUGCCGUUCUGCUGGCCACCCAUGUCCUUCACAUGCCAAGGGCCCUGGAAAUCUGCCGUUCUUUCUUGGCGCGAGCUCAAACAGAGGGCUAUUUAAACGGCAAUCCGCAGGCACCGCAGCUUUGUCCAGCAAUUCCCGGCAUUCAGGCAGCCAAGGUCAUCCGGCCGAUUCCCAGCAAGGCCACAAUGCCUAAUUUCGGUUUUCUGCCCCUGCCAAGUGCUCAUCCUCCCCCGCCUCCACCUCCACCUCCUUCUGCUCCUCAUCCUGCUCCUCCACCUACAGUAGCUCCCUCUUUCAUGGAUAACGAUGCUCCCAUUCAGGAUAUCGACGAAGAGGAUGAAGAUAUAGAGGUCUUUAUAGACAGCAAUACGGUGACGGAUAACGAGGCUGAUCCCGAGCCGGAUGUGGACAUGGACUGCAAUGUAUCGGUGGUGAGUUCCCUGGCCGGAAGCAGUGCAGGCAGUUUGAACAUCGAGCGUUUGGAUGUGAAGCCACCGACUCCGGUGCCAGUUACUCCAACAAUCAUUGCCCCCAAGCAAACUCAGGGGAAAAAUCUUCAAUCCAAGAGGGAAUCAUCAAAGGGUAGAAAGUCGAGGUCGAGAAAAUCCACGGGUUUACAGGUGGCCAAGGCUCCGGUGCCAGCUGCCCAGCUCGAAUUGGCGGCCACCACACCCAUGACUCCCUCGAAAUUCAUCAUCGAUGUGGCCAGUUGCGAUGGACCGGUGAGAUUUCGCCGAAUACUAAACACAGCCUAUGGCCACAAGCCAGAGAGCCAGGAAUCGGGUUCCUCUGGUGUCGCUGGAGGAUCAUCAGUGGGAGGAGGAGGAUCCUCAUCCCAGGAGCAACUGCGCAGCCAACAAAGCGUCAGCUAUUCGUUUCACCAGCAAAUGGCCAGGGCCAUCAGCAGUCAGCAGCGACAGUUGAGCCAUCAGCAGCAGGAGGAGAGCGAGAAUAGUGGCGAUGGUGGUGCAGCUGGUAAACAGGCAGCCGCCAGAGGAGCCACUGCAUCAUCAUCCUCCUCAUCCUCUUCAGGUGGCCAUAAGAAAUUACCACAGGCUACUGCUUCAUCUACUUCAUCAGCAGUUAAUCAGCAGGAACUCUAUGUGUGCGUCUAUUGCAAGCACACCUUUAAAUCACAAUAUUGCUAUCAGAAACAUGCCAAGCGACACUUGAAUCCAUUGAGUUUGACGACCACGGAUAAGAAAUUGCUGGCGGAACCGGAAUUAGACAGCGGCAAUCUGCAACAGCAGCAGCAACAGCAACAGGGUGCAGCAAAUGCAACGGAGCAACAGCGAACAACUGGAGCUGCAACAGCGGCCUUGUUGCGGAGAGAAGUGCGACCUCUAGACAUGAAUGUCCAAUAUUAUCCCUGCAAAACGUGCGGCAGCAAGUUUCCCAGCUAUUAUUUUGUCCACAAGCAUCGCAAAAUGUGCCAUGCGGAUGAAAUCGAAGCGACUGCCACGAGCAACAGCAGCAGCAGCAACAACAGCAACAUUAGUUCCAGCAACAACACAAAACGAGAGGCAACAGCAACGGAAGCAACAACAGCUACAACUGCCGAUGAUCAGCAGGCACAAUCCUAAGAUAUAAUAUCAAAAUCAAAGCAACGAAAUCUACGAAUUUAUAUACAGCAAUCAUCACAACAACAACACACACGCUAAAUGUUUUUUUUUUUUGUCGCCCUAGAAAUGCAAAUAAAUAAAUAAAUAAAAAGUAUUUUAAAAAUCACAAUCAAGAAGAGACUAUUUUUGUGAAUACAGCGGGUUAAGUUCAAGAAAAUCAAGUGAAACAAUCUGAAAAAAGGAGUAUCGAUAAACAAUCUGUCAAUUUGUAUUUUUGUUUAUCGAUAACUGAAAUAGGUAAGUAAAUCGAGACUAAAUGGACAAGUAUUAAGCCAUUGAUAAACCAAAUUUCUUAGACAUUUUAUCAUCGAUUGCUUAAACGAGCAAAAAUAACGAUUGUACUUAUUCAACGAAUUUUGGGCAGAAAAUGUGCAUUCAUCACCAAUUUCUUUACAUCUUUUGACAAUAUCAUUAUUAAAUAAGCUAAGAUUAACUUUAUCAAAAUUAAUCGAAAUUUAUCGAAAUAAUCGAUAUUACAAUUUUAUCGCAAAUACUAAAUCGAAUUCCAUUCCAGCUUAUCGACAUCCUCAACUGUCCUGAUCUACUUUUUCCACCUUCUCCGUUAAGCGUAGAUUGAAAUGCGAUGUCUGGAAGGGCGUUGUGGGGGGUGGUACUAAGGUAAACAAUCCUUGCCGCAAUUUAAUAAUUAAAUUAAAUCACUUGCAUAAUAAAAAAGACGUUUACAAAAAAGACUUUAAUUUAAUUGAGUUUAAUUAACUCGCCAGGGAGAUGACAGCCAACAAGGCCGAGCGAAGCGAAGCGAAGAUGAUGAUGAGCAUGAAGGGGAGGUGGGUGGCGAGU